CUUUUCGACAUGGAUGGCACCCUCGUGGAGUCAACCCCCGCCGUGGUUGGAGCCUGGGAGGAAUUUCACAAAUCCUAUCCUCACCUUGAUCUCACCGAAGUCCUCCAACACUCGCACGGUAUCCGAACCAUCGAGAACCUCCGGAAUUUCUGCAAGAUCACACAUGAGGAGCACCUUGCUGUAGAAGUCGUUCGUUUCGAAGCGGAAAUCGUACGUCAGGGCGAGCGCUUGAAGGCCGAAGGCAAGGGCGGUAUCAAGAAGCUACCCGGCGUAGAAGCACUCGUUGGUCAGGUAGAGAAUGGUGCGGAGAACCAGAAGUGGGCUAUAGCUACCAGCGCCACUCGUAUCUAUGCCAGCGCUGCCUUGAGCAUUGCAGACAUUCAACCGCCGGAGGCGUUCGUCACGGCAGAAGACGUUGCGGUCGGUAAGCCAUUUCCGGACCCGUAUCUUCUCGCCGCUCGCCUCGUCGGAAAGGCACCCCAUCGUUGCCUGGUGGUGGAAGAUGCCCCUAACGGCAUUCGCUCUGGGAAGUCCGCGGGUGCAAAGGUCAUCGGCCUUCUCACUUCCCAUUCGAGGAAGGAAGUCGAGGAUGCUAAGCCAGAUUGGAUCGUGCCAGAUUUGUCAUGGGUGACCGCUCGGCACACCACGACUGGAUUAGAGUUUACUAUCAAGGAGUAUUCACCGUGAUGAUUCAAGCCCCUUGAUGUUUAGUCAAUAAUAAACAAUAGAAUAAA